CCAUGAGAGUGGAGGAAGGUGCAGGAGGCUGCUGCGCGCUGAUGCAGGCAUGAACCAUGGACAGCAUCAAACAUUCAUGUUGAGUCUCCCCAUGAUUUCAUGUCGGGGGUAAAAGCUUCUCUACACGGACAGACUGAGACCGAGGCACCCCACAGAACCACCACACGGAGCAACCAGUCGGCCAACCGACCACAUAUUUAAUUUCCUCACACCCACAAUUGGCCGUUGGCAGAGACGCGCAGUGAAGAGACGCUUCAUGGGCGUCCUCGUCUGCUGAAAGCAGCACAGAGCUGCUCUGUGAUCAGCACCAGCUCACAACACAACCCGACGUGCAUAUGAGACGUUCUGAUCCAGAUGGGAUGUAAUGUUGUGUGGUUGCACAGCUGAGCAUUGGUCUCCUUCUCCGCUGCUUUGUGAAGAUUGGCUUUCGGUGACCAGAGAAUGGCGCGGUUUGGAGAUGAGGUACCGGCCAGGUACGGCGGGGGGGCCGGAGGAGGUGGCCCGGGCGGACGCGGUGGUAGCAGGCAAGGAGGACUUCAUGGACAUGGCCACGGACACGGACACGGGCAUGGCCACGGUGGGCAUGGGGUACAUGGGGGGCAUGGAGCGCACGGUCACGGCCCACCUGGAGGUCCAGGGGCCCAGAGAAUGUACAAGCAGUCUAUGGCGCAGAGAGCCCGGACUAUGGCUCUGUAUAACCCCAUCCCAGUGCGCCAGAACUGUUUCACUGUCAACCGCUCACUGUUCAUCUUCAGUGAGGAUAACUUCGUCAGAAAAUACGCCAAAAAGAUCACCGAAUGGCCUCCAUUUGAGUGGAUGAUUCUUGCUACCAUCAUUGCCAACUGCAUCGUCCUGGCUCUGGAGCAACAUUUGCCCGAUGGGGACAAGACGCCGCUGUCUGAGCGCUUGGAUGAUACGGAGCCGUACUUCAUAGGAAUCUUCUGUUUUGAGUCUGGAAUAAAGAUCCUGGCGCUUGGUUUCGCUUUCCACAAGAACUCGUACCUGAGAAACGGAUGGAACGUCAUGGACUUCGUGGUGGUGCUUACAGGGAUCCUGUCCACUGUGGGCUCAGAUUUCGACCUGCGGACCCUCAGGGCUGUGCGAGUAUUGAGACCUCUCAAGCUGGUGUCCGGUAUUCCCAGCUUACAGGUGGUGCUCAAGUCCAUCAUGAAGGCCAUGAUUCCUCUGCUGCAGAUCGGCCUGCUUCUUUUCUUUGCCAUCCUCAUGUUUGCCAUCAUAGGCCUGGAGUUCUACAUGGGAAAAUUCCACACAACCUGCUUUGACAAUCACACAGGUGAAAUCCGAGAAGAGUUUCCGUGUGGUUUGGAGCCUCCGUCACGGCUGUGUCCGCAGGGCACCACGUGCCGAGGGUACUGGCUGGGACCAAACUACGGCAUCACCCAGUUUGACAACAUCCUGUUUGCUAUCCUCACCGUCUUCCAGUGUAUCACCAUGGAGGGCUGGACAGAACUGCUCUACUGGAGCAAUGAUGCCUCAGGGAGUGCAUGGAACUGGAUGUACUUCAUCCCCCUUAUCAUCAUUGGCUCCUUCUUCAUGCUCAACUUGGUGCUGGGUGUCUUGUCUGGGGAGUUUGCCAAAGAGAGAGAGCGUGUGGAGAACAGGAGUGAGUUCCUGAAGCUCCGCAGACAGCAGCAGAUCGAGAGGGAACUUAACGGUUAUCUGGAGUGGAUCUGCAAAGCCGAGGAGGUGAUUUUGGCAGAUGAUGAAAAUGAAAAUGACUAUGAUGGCUCCCGUAGAAGAGCUACAAAGAACCACAAAAGCAAAGCAGAGCUCCUAAAUCCGGAGGAAGGGGAGGGAGACCUGGCAGUAGGGUCACCAUUUGCUCGUGCCAGCCUGAAGAGCUCCAAGCUGGAAGGAUCAACCUUCAAGCGGCGGGAGCGACGGCUGCGCUUCCUCAUCCGGCGCGUCGUGAAGACCCAGGGCUUCUAUUGGACGGUGCUGUGUCUGGUGGGCCUCAACACGAUGUGUGUGGCAGUGGUGCACUACGACCAGCCAGAACCACUUUCAGAAUUCCUCUAUUAUGCUGAGUUCAUCUUCCUGGGGAUAUUCUUGACGGAGAUGAUGGUGAAGAUGUAUGGCCUGGGCAGGCAGGCCUACCUCAACUCCUCCUUCAACUGCUUCGACUGCAUUGUGAUAUGUGGGAGUAUAUUUGAAGUGUUGUGGUCCAUGAUCCAGCCGGGCACAUCAUUUGGCAUCAGUGUGCUCAGAGCUCUCAGGUUAUUGAGGAUCUUCAAAGUGACAAAGUACUGGGCAUCUUUGCGUAACCUCGUCGUCUCUUUGCUUAACUCCAUGAAGUCCAUCAUCAGCUUGCUCUUCCUGCUCUUCCUCUUCAUCGUCGUCUUUGCCUUGCUGGGCAUGCAGCUCUUCGGCGGACAGUUUAAUUUUGAAAAUGGCACUCCUUCGACCAACUUUGAUACCUUCCCGGCAGCAAUAAUGACAGUGUUCCAGAUCCUGACAGGCGAGGACUGGAACAUGGUGAUGUACAACGGCAUCAAAUCUCAGGGCGGGGUCAACAAGGGCAUGGCCUUCUCUGUCUUCUUCAUCGUACUCACUCUCUUUGGCAACUACACACUGCUGAAUGUGUUCUUGGCCAUUGCUGUGGACAAUUUGGCUAAUGCACAGGAGCUGACCAAGGAUGAACAGGAGGAAGAGGAGGCUGCCAGUCAGAAGCUCGCCCUGCAGAAAGCCAAGGAGGUGGCUGAAGUCAGCCCGCUGUCUGCUGCUAACCUCUCCAUUGCAGCUAAGGAGCAGCAGAAGAACCACAACAAAGGGGUCAGUAAGUCUGUGUGGGAACAACGUACCAAGGAGCUGAGGAGGCAGACCCUGGUGUCGAGCCGUGAGGCACUCUACAACGAGCUGGACCCCGACGACCGCUGGAAGGCAAGGACAGGGAGGGAGGAGCACAACAAUGUGAACUACUCACGCCACAUCCGUCCGGACAUGAAGACCCACCUGGAUCGCCCCUUGGUUGUCGACCCUCAUGAGAACCGCAACAACAACACUAACAAGAAUAAUUCAGACCUGUACUACAGCCAGCAGCAUCCUGCAGACGAGCUCCACAGACAAACCCGCCUCCACGAACAUGACAGCCAAGUAGGAGGCGGUGGGGGAGGAGGCUCAGGUCCAGUCAGGCCUCCCAUGGAGCGUGGGGAGUCCACAGAGAGCAGACGGAGCCGUAAAGGAGAGCAUCACCAUCAUUCCUCUCAUGUCCGAUUGGACGCUACGGUCAUCCCUGGGCCUGGCUCGGAGGAGAGGCCGUCCAGGCGCCAUCACCACACCCGGAGCGGCAGCAGAGGGGGAGGGCAGUCUGAACACAGGAAGCCCAGGUCACAUCGGAAAAGUGCAGAGGAGGGCGAAGACGGCGGGGGAGGAACUGGGAGAACAGGGAGGCAUAAGAGUAGAGGGGUGGAUGGAGGAGGAGAGGGAGGAGAGCAGGAGGGAGCUGGAGACGGUGGUGAGAGGAGGACAAGAAGAAGCCGCCAUGGCAACUCAACAGACGGCGAGGGGAAGAGGAUGUGUCCGCACAGGAGGAAGGAAUGCAGCGUUCCUAACCUCUCCACCACUCGACCCAUCCAAAAGACCCUCUCUCGGCAGGAUAGCCAGUACAGUGAGGACAUGGACAACCUCAUGAACACCAAGCUGGUCUCUGGCUCCACCCCGCCUGGUGAGGGUCAUCCCAACCCAAUCCCCAACCACACGGUGGCCCCUGGCUUUGGGUCUGCCCUCCAUCUCGCCAACAGUGGCACUCAUGGAAGUUUGGUGACUUUGGAUAGCUACGGGAGCAUCGCACAUCACCGAGCCAACAGUGUCAUCAGGCUGCCUCACCCUGACUACACAGCUGUCGACAUGCCAAUAUUUCCCUCUAUUAAUGCCAAACUGCAAGUCAAUAAGAACGCCAACACGGAGCCUCUGCCAGCGAAGGAGGAUAAGGACGACGACGAUGAUGAGAAGGGAGGAGAAGGAGGGCCCAGGCCCAUGCCUCCUUUCACCUCCAUGUUUAUACUGACCACCACUAACCCGUUUCGGCGGGCGUGUCACUACAUCUGCACCCUGCGUUAUUUUGAGAUGUGCAUCCUGCUGGUCAUUGCUAUGAGCAGUAUCGCCCUGGCUGCUGAAGAUCCAGUGUGGCCUGACUCCCCUCGUAACAAUGUUCUGCGGUAUUUUGACUACGUGUUCACAGGGGUGUUCACCUUUGAGAUGCUCAUAAAGAUGGUGGAUCUGGGGUUGGUCUUGCACCAGGGCUCUUAUUUCCGGGACUUGUGGAACAUCCUUGACUUUAUAGUGGUUAGUGGUGCUCUGGUGGCCUUCGCCUUCACGGGGAGCAGUAAAGGAAAAGACAUCAGCACCAUCAAGUCUCUGCGAGUACUGAGAGUGUUACGACCUCUGAAGACUAUCAAACGUCUGCCAAAACUAAAGGCUGUGUUCGACUGCGUGGUGAACUCUCUGAAGAAUGUGCUCAACAUCCUGAUCGUCUACUUACUCUUCAUGUUCAUCUUUGCUGUGGUGGCCGUUCAGCUUUUUAAGGGACGCUUCUUUUUCUGCACCGAUGAGUCCAAAGAGUUUGAGCGCGAUUGCAGAGGCGAAUUUCUGUUGUAUGAACGUGAUAACGAAGUGAAGGCGCAGAAGCGGGAGUGGAAGAAGUACGAUUUCCACUACGACAACGUGGCUUGGGCCCUUCUCACUCUCUUCACCGUAUCCACUGGAGAGGGGUGGCCGCAGGUGCUAAGGCAUUCAGUCGAUGCGACCUAUGAGAAUCAGGGUCCGAGCCCGGGGUACCGGAUGGAGAUGUCCAUCUUUUAUGUGGUGUACUUCGUGGUCUUCCCCUUCUUCUUCGUCAACAUUUUCGUGGCUCUCAUCAUCAUCACAUUCCAAGAGCAAGGAGACAAGAUGAUGGAGGACUAUAGUUUAGAAAAGAAUGAGAGAGCUUGUAUAGAUUUCGCCAUCAACGCCAGGCCUCUGACGCGACACAUGCCUCAGAACAAGCUGAGCUUCCAGUACAAGAUGUGGGAGUUUGUGGUGUCACCGCCAUUUGAGUAUACCAUCAUGGCCAUGAUUGCGCUCAACACAGUGGUGCUGAUGAUGAAGUAUGACGGAGCUUCUGACACCUAUGAAGCUGUGUUAGCCAACCUGAACAUCGUGUUUACCUCACUCUUCUCCAUGGAGUGUGUGCUCAAGAUCAUCGCCUUCGGAGCUCUGAAUUAUUUCAAAGAUGCCUGGAAUAUUUUUGACUGUGUGACAGUUCUGGGCAGCAUCACGGACAUCCUAGUGACAGAGCUUGGGAAUAAUUUCAUCAACCUAAGUUUCCUGAGGCUGUUCAGGGCGGCUCGUCUCAUCAAGCUGCUGAGGCAGGGAGAAACCAUCCGCAUCCUGCUCUGGACCUUUGUCCAGUCCUUCAAGGCGCUGCCUUAUGUCUGCCUCCUCAUCGCCAUGUUGUUCUUCAUCUACGCCAUCAUUGGGAUGCAGCUGUUUGGGAAUAUUGCACUUGAAAAGGAGGAAGACGGCGCCAUCAACAAGCACAACAACUUCCGGACCUUCAUUCAGGCUCUCAUGCUCCUCUUCAGGAGUGCAACUGGAGAGGCGUGGCAUGAAAUCAUGCUGGCGUGUCUGGGUGGUAAAGAGUGUGACAAGGAUUCAGGAAACACAGAGCCGGAGUGUGGCAGCCAGGUCGCCUACCUCUAUUUUGUCUCCUUCAUCUUCUUCUGUUCAUUCUUGAUGCUAAAUCUUUUUGUAGCCGUCAUCAUGGACAACUUUGAGUACCUGACGAGAGAUUCAUCCAUCCUGGGACCUCACCACCUGGAUGAGUAUGUCAGGAUAUGGGCCGAGUAUGAUCCUGCUGCUUGCGGGCGCAUUCAUUAUAAGGACAUGUACAGUUUAUUACGAGUUAUCGACCCGCCUCUCGGCUUAGGCAAGAAAUGCCCUCAUAGGGUGGCCUGCAAGAGACUCCUUCGUAUGGAUCUGCCUGUGGCGGACGACAACACAGUCCACUUUAACUCCACCCUCAUGGCCCUGAUCCGUACAGCCCUGGACAUCAAGAUCGCCAAGAUUGUGGAAGGCGUGGACAAGCACCAGAUGGAUGCAGAGCUGAGGAAGGAGAUGAUGGCAAUCUGGCCCAAUCUGUCCCAGAAGACUCUGGAUUUGCUGGUGACACCGCACAAGUCAGCGACAGACCUGACAGUGGGAAAAAUCUACGCUGCCAUGAUGAUCAUGGAGUACUACCGGCAGAGCAAAAUCAAGCGCUCACAGGCACUCCGGGACGAGCAGAAUCGAACGCCAUUACUGUUUCAGCGCGUGGAGCCACCUUCCCCCGCCCAGGACGGGGGACCAGGACUUAACAACGCCCUGCCUCCACCUGCGACGACAGAGACGGCUAACAGCCUGCCAGUGGGGGGCGGGAUCCCGGAGAGCCAAUCAUGGGUGACAGCACGUGCUCAGGAGAUGUCCCAGAAGGUGGGCAGCUGGAGUCCUGAGGGACACCCUGAGGAUGGCCUGGGAAGCAUGAGCAAUUCUCAGACCAUCAGCGACAGCAGCCCCAUGAAGCGCUCAGCCUCAUCUCUGGGCCACAGCAGGUCUGGGCGAGGACACCGAGACAAAGGUGGACCGGACGACUACAACAUGGAGCGUGUGCCUGAGGAAGGGAGAUCCUCCAGACACGGACACCGACGAAAAGAGCGGAGUCAUCGGGCGUCUGAAAGGUCCCUCUGUCGAUACACGGAGGCUGACACAGGCCUGGGCACAGACCUGAGUACCACCACACAGUCAGGCGACCUCAAAGACAAGGAUCGGGACAGGGACCGUGGCCGGUCCAAAGACCGUAAGCACCACCAUCAUCAUCACCACCACCACGGCUCUGUGGACAAAGAGCGCUAUGUAGCAGAGCGGGGCGGCGAGUAUGGACACAGGCACUCCCGCGACAGAGAGCACGACCGGGAGAGGGAGAGAGAGAGGGACCGACGCUGGUCUCGAUCGCCCAGCGAGGGCAGAGAGUGCCUGACACACAGACAGGGCAGUAGUUCAGUCAGCGGAAGCCCCGUUCCCUCGACCUCGGGGACCAGUACGCCACGUCGAGGUCGAAGACAGUUGCCUCAGACCCCCGCGACCCCACGGCCCCAUGUGACCUACUCCCCGGUGGUCCGUAAGGCCAUGCCCACACCUCCUGGGGGCCCACAAGGCCGCCCCCCUGCCCCCGCCCCACGCCACUUUUCUCCUGAGCCUCCCCAAGGCCAAGGCCCACCCACUACUGGCCUCCAUCAUGGCGGACCUCGUCCGGGUCACCAUCCUCCCCCUCGCUGGGGGGACACAGGUGGAGGAGGCAGCUCCAUGGAGGGGGACGGCUGCUUCUACAACCAAGACUACCAGGACUAUGAGCCCCACCAUGAACCUCCUGCCUACGAGCAGAGCCCCAUGCAGGGUGGGAACCCCCACCCACACGCGCUGGCCAACCACCCACUGCCGCCUCCCCCACAGCCACACAACCCUCACCCCCUCCCUCCCCCUCAGCAGCAUCCCGUAAACAACCCCCACCCUCACCCUCCGCCUCACCAGCAGCCCAGCCGCACCUCACCGAGGACUGUCCACCAUACGGCCCCACCCACCACCGCCCUCACCGGGCCGGCACAGGGCCAGAUGCAGCCUGCCGCCCAGCGCCGCCUCCCCAACGGCUACCGCUCUUCUUCGCCUUCAACACAUCUCCACGGACCGCCACACACCGGACCUCACAAGGUCCCACCUCCGGCUGGGCAUCUGAGAGGGCCACGCAAGGGCCUGCACGAACCCUACGUCGAGACGGAGGCUGAUGACUGGUGCUAGCCUCUGGGGAGGGGGAGGGGCUUACAUAGGGAGAAGAAAUGAUUGAUAGAUGAAAAGAAGAAGACAGGGCGCUCUGAGCAAGGCCUGGGCAAUAUCGAGUUUAUUAAACAUAUCUAUAUAUUUUCAAACAAGAUAUACAAGACAAAAAAUAUUAUUUAUAUUAAGAAAGCUUAUUUUAUUUUAUUAAAAAUGGAUGUCAGACCCAGAAUAAGAUUGUUUACAGUAAGAACCACCAACAGAAAUAUACUUAUCAACACAGGAUAUUCUAUUUAGAAGUUUAUUCUUUAUAGAGAAUUAUUAUUUUAUUUUAUUUUAGGAGGAUUUCUACUGUCAGUGAAAAUCAAGUAAUAUCAAUACCUUUUUAAUACCAUAACAACAGGAGUCACAGACAUCCAAUAUGGAGUAAUUCAUGCUUUCUUCAUGUUUACAAGGUACUGAUGUUUGAAAUUUACUUAAAGGCCACAGUGAUUAAGGAGGGGGGCAGCAUGUGGUCCCCGGGCCACCAGUUGCCAACCCCUGAUCCAGAUUAAUGAAGACUGGCUUCCUUUAUUUGAUACUUACUCAAUCCUGGUUUUUAAGUCAUGGUUGCUUUAAUUUGAUUAUGGGGACGUGACAAACGUUUUAGAGAAGGAAAUCUGGUCAACCUCAGCUUAUGAAAACUCUGACAAUAUUUAUGCACCAAUUAAGCAGCAUGCGUUUUUUGAUCGUUUAAGUGAAAAAUUGCUCAGUAUCGGGUGUCUAUGACUUGUAUUUUUGUAGCAGUGGUAUCAAAAAGGUUUCACUAUGGUUUGAUUUUGUCAUAUCAACGUUUAUCACACUGGUUUAUUUUUUACAGAAAAAAAAAAUAUAUACAGAUAAAAAAAUAUGGGGAUAUGAUAUUUGGUCCGUAUUGCCCAGCCCUACUCGGAGCCAGAGCCCUGACUGCCAAGAGAAACCAUGAUUCUUUUGUUCUUCUCUGUUCAGUUUUUUUCCUCUCUUCCUCUGCGUGGUACGUCCCGGGAAUGUUGGGCUUCAUGGAGGACGGGUGUCAGGAUGAAGGGAUGAAAUAAAAAUGCUGAGGCAGCAUCUGGAGAAACACGUGGUGCAAAGAGAGGACAUACCACCUCCAUGAUCUGCGUGCAUUGUUGUUGCAUUCAUCUCUGAUGCCAAAUAAGACUAACCUCAAAGCAAAGUUUUUAAGGAUGCAAGCAGGAGGGCUGAUGGACUUCAGAGAGUCUUUGUGUGUCUUAAAUUAUGCCUCUGGCAAAGAGCUACAGCCACUUACAAGAUGUCAAGAGUUGCGACUCGACAAAAGACACUUCACAGUCAGAAACAAAAGAACGACCACUGCUUUUUUUUUUGCCUCUUGAAGCUGACUUUGCUCCAGUCAGCUUCAAAAAGAAUCCAACCCUCCCAGCCACCAGGUGAAUAUUGAUGAGUUUUAUCAUCUGUGUUUUUAAAUUACAAACUAACAAUCAGCCUCCGCCUGUAUGAGGCGGGCGGCUUCGUGGGUGGGAGAGUUGGGAAGUGUCGUAUGGGGUUGGCGAGUCCUUCGGUCCAAAUCCAGAGGACGGGAUGGGGGACAAUGACCCCUGGUAUCGGAGAACACCCCCCCUCCAAGGAACAAUGUCACCAACCCUUGAGCGAAGACCACGAGGAGAAGAAACACAAAAAAUUUUAAAAAAGUGGAGAUGGGUUUCAGAAAAAAAUACAAACCAGUAACUGUUUUCUGCAGUAUUUCUUCUUCUACUCCUGCUUCUUCUUCCUCCUUCUCCUCUACUUCUUCAAAACAUGAAGCUUGAAUCUUCUGUUGCACCCCACACAGCUUCGCUUUUUAGACUGGCGGAGUUGUACACCCUGUUGAAUCCUGCAUGAAUGAUACAAAAAAUAAUAAUACUAGCAACAAUGAGAAUCUACUGUAUGCGGGGGGAAACUUUACUUGGUCAUUUCUCUUGUGGUCUGUAGGGUUUCUCUCUCUUUCUGUUUCUCUUUCUCUCUCCUCUGUACGACAUUCCUCUCUCUGCACCUUCACAAACACUCAAAUCAAGCCACAGAGGGGAUUGGAUCUUUCGUUUAUCUCUUUCUAGAAGGAGCAGAAUGAUUACUUUUUGCUUGCUUGUCUGUGUGUACCGUGCCAGAUGCCUGCCACUGAUACAGCUCGAAUUGCACAGAUUUUUUUGUGAGAGUAACUUUUUUAUAACUGAAGUCAAAAUGAACAAUGAAAUACUGGGAAGCAGGGUAAAGUGGUUCAAGGACGCCGAGUCCUUAUUGGGUCCAACAAAUCUGAAACAUUUCAAAGUCUUCCAGGGUUUGGGGGUUAAAACAGAGACAUCAGAGAGAAAGAGACCAAAAGAAAGGCACAGGAAGGAGAGAAACUCUUCAUCUUUGUUUUCUUUGUUACGGACCGUAAAAAGAUGAUAAAAUAACUCACGAUGAUCAUGAUGUCUGUGAUUAUGGGACAGAUUCUCCAUGAUUGCUCUAAUUUUCUGUUCUGUAUGGAUUUUUGUUUGUUUGUUUGUUUUUUUCUUGCUCAGUUGAUCAUUUUUCCAACCCUGAGGUGGAGCUCUGAACCACAGAUGCAUUCUGGGAGAAUGAGUCUGCAGGAGGGCAGGCGUGAAUCAGUAAUUUCCAAAAGCAGACCAAGCAAAAGGCUUGUAGUUGACCCAAAAAAUGAAAGCGUUAAAGGAACAGUCUGCCCUCCUGCACAUGCUGAAGCUGAGUUCAACCACCAGUUGUGACCUUGUGGUGGCGCUGUGUGACAAACAUUGUCCUCCUGACUUUUUGCAUCUCUUCCUUUAUUCUGAGGUCAGACUACAGGAUAUUCUGUAUGUUAAAUGGUCGCUGUGUCAAAUAAGCAAUUGAAGAACCAUAAGAGAGGCAGGGCUGGAUGACACCAGGAAAGCAGACUGUAAACCAACCUUAAAGCACUUUUCUAUCCAAACAUUAGGAUCUGUGAUCUGUUAGCUUGACGCUAAUGCUAACAAUGGUUACUCAGCUGGUUACUGAAGGGUUGUGUCUGCUUCUUCUUACCAGCAGAGGUGUUGUUAUUCAGUCUCUAUAGAGAAUAUCCACUUCUCAAUCCCCUCUCUGAGGCCGGCAAAGACUACAAACAGUAAUCUGAGUACACUAGUAAGUUGCUUUGUAAGACAUUACCUCAACCUAGGCCACCCAUAAGGGCGAUAAACUGGAGAGCUUUCUGGGGCCCAUGGAGGUCAGGAGAACCAGGUCUAUUGGAAAACUGUGCUAACAGUAUUUUAUUACCUGAAUAAUAACCACUCUUAUCAAAACAACUAACCUUGAAUUUUAUUUAUUUAUGCUGUAAUAUAGCCUUUUUCAAAAUGAAAACCCCCUUUUCUUAAAAUAAAAUUAACUUUUAUGAGUAAAGUUAAAAAUGUGGGCAAAGUAAUGUUAGAUUUCAAAGUCAGGCCAUGAAGUCAGGAUGCCAGAAACUAAAACUGAGAAAACUUUCAUGGAAAACAACUACAGAAUUGUGAAAAGUGGCAAAAAUGAAGUUGCAAAAACUUGCCAAGAAAUGCAAAAAUUUGUAAAGAAAAAAAACAGCUGCAGUAAUUGUUGUUAGGUGGCAAAAUUGGUUAUGAGUGGCAAAAAACAGCAAAGAUGGCCAACAAAAUUGUGUAUUAAGUUGCAAGAAUGGCCAAAAAGCAGCAUGAUAGGUAAAAACUGGUAAAGAGAAGUGAGAAACAUGGGCAUAAAAGAGGCAAAAAUGAGUGAAAGGCAAUUUAAAUGGGGAAAAAGCAAAAAUGGGACAGAAAUGCAUAAAAGAAGAGGCAAAAUGGGCAUUAAAUGGCAAAACAGUCAGAAAAUAGGUGUAAAAUGGCAAUGGAGUGGCAUGAAAUGGCCAAAGGCAGCAAAAAUGGGUUGAAAGUGUCAAAACAGUGGCAGAAAUUGUUGCACACAGUUGCACAAAUGGCCAAAAGGCAGAAAAAGGGUAAAAACUAGCAAAAAGAGGAGAUAAACAUGGGCAAAAAAGCAACUAAAAUGGAUGAAAAGUAAUAAGGAUGAGAUCUGAACUUGAAAAAGGAGCAGUAAAAAUUAGGGUAAAGUGGCAAAGCGCUGGCAACAAUGGUUAAAAAGAGGUAAAAGGGUGUAGUUAAAGGGGAAAAAAAACAGCAAAAAUUGGUUGAAAGUAGCAAAACAGUGGCAAAAAUUGGCAUUAAGUUGCAAAAAUUUGGUUAAAAAUGUAAAGAAAAAGUGUUGAAAAUGGGUUAAAACGUAGCACAAAAAUAAUUCCAACAAAAGAACCCAGUGAAAGUUCGACACACUUUCAGAUCCAAAAUGAGGGAACUGUUAGCCAGAAUGCUAGCACUAAUGCUAAUGAUCCAACACGCAUGCACCGAUAUGAUCAAUAAAUCACAGUUGGGGAGGGCCCAUUCUCUGGGUUUGUCAGGGGGCUGGUCUCUGGGUUUGUCAGGGGCCCGUUCUCUGGGUUUUUCAGGGGCCCGGCCACAUCUGUGGGCAUCCUUGGACAGAAUCCCUUCAUCAAUAAAUGAGAACGGACAAACUAGCUAGCACCACCAGCUGGAGGUUAUGUACUUUCAUGGCUCACAAACAUAAACACAUCUGGACGGCCUUCUCUACUGCCCAAGUCCAACGUUAUUUUGAAGCAAACGCCGCUGUUUUCUCAGUGUUUCCAGAACUUUAUCAACUAAAACUUUGGGUUUAGCUUGAUUUGAAAUAACUGCCUAGAAAUCCUUGACUGUAGUGACUAGUGUGACCUCGAAUAUAAGAUCUGACUUUAUCGGUGCACCAAGAAAGCAGUUGAGCUCCUUCUCUCAGUGGUCCAGCACCUUGUCUGAGUUCACACAGUUCAUCCGGGUUGGAGAAAAGACGUCCGAGUGUCUUUCUGUUCCUGGAAAGCAUCUUUGUUGUGUGUAUCACUCCUGUAUAUCUUUAAUUUCUCUCUGUGUGUAACUCUGUGUGCCUCAAACUAACACUGGUCACUAACGCACACCACUGUCAGCCCCUACACCGUUCUGUUUGAUUCCUUUUGACUCCGUCUUCUCCGUUCCUGGAGGUCCAUCACAUGUUGACCAGAGAAUGCACCGAAAAUAGAAAAGAAAAAACUGCCUAUUAGUGUCUUUCCAACCUCAGUGGAAUGUCACAGACGAGUAUUUUUUCACAUCACGACACUUAAAUCAGAAAGCACACUAGGUAUGUAGCUCUUGGUUGUGUUUGUGUGUCUGUGUGGGUUUAAAGCGUGUGCCUGUGAGUGUGUUUCUGAUCAAUUUUUAUGAUUCACUGCUUGCUUUGCUUUCUAAUCUUUGUCUCCAGACCUUUUUUUAAAACCCUCGCGUGUUUGUGUGCGUGAAAACGUGGCAUGAGAGAGCGCGUGUGAAAAACAGGCGAAAUCCCGAACAUUCACAUCCAUCUUUGUGUCAAUGCUGCAGUGAAAUCCACUAACACGCUGAUUAACCACACAAAGUCUUCAAAAAGCAAUGUAAAGCCGCUACUGAGAAAAAAGUUUUUUAAGUACAAAAGAUUUAAAAAAAGAAAAAAUAUCUAGUUCCAGAAAUGCAUGUGCUAUGUGCAUGCCACACCGUGGGUUAACAGUCAUCUUCAGGACAUAAAAGAAAAAGCAGAUUAAUGAAUUCAGAGGAAUAAAAAAAGAUAUAUAAAUAGAUAGAUGUUUUUAAAAAGCAACGUUUUCUUUUUCCUUCUAUUUUUGAGAACAAAAAAGGUUAAAAAUGCAAAAAAAAAAAAAGUCUAAAGAUGAAAAGAGACUUUGGUGAGUCUCGUUUGAUUUCUUCUGUUACAUGGGGUUGAGGCACAACACGACCAUGUUCAGGACACCACAAAAAAAAGAACUGUUUUUAAUGAAAAAAUCCAAGAAAAGAAAGUACAGUUCAGACGAUGGUGUAUUCUCCCCUCUCCUUUCUGUGGGGGUCAGGGGCUGCAGCCAGCCUCCACCAGGAUGGCCUUGGAUCCCUUGAUCGCCCACUCACUCUUUCUUUUUUCUCUCUCUCUAACUCUGUCUCUCUCACACUCUUAUCUGUCACACUCUCAACCUGUCUCACCGCUAUUUCUACCAGUGCAUUUUGUAAUUCCA